ACCAGGCGCGAGAGACAUAAAUCAGGACGAGGCACAAUCUUGUUUGCAAAAAAUUCCUUCCCUCCUCCAUCACCAGCAACAAGAAGAAGACUCGCAGACUUCGUUCGACCACUGCUAUUUCACCCGAGUUCAAGUCAUCCUUUGGCCUCCGCAUCUCUGCCACCAACUCCCAAGUCCCUACACGGAGGGGAAGAAAUUCAAACACAGAAUACUGUGUCUGGUUCUUUCCUGGCCCUUUGCAGAGAGUGACGAAGAGAUUCAAACACAGAAUAUUACUGUGUUCGGGCUUUCAGUCAAUCAUCACCACGAGAUCCAAUUCCCUGGUUACCCACCACACUGGUACGUAAGUUGUUUUCUUCUUUUUCAUCUUUUCAUCACCUUUGUGGCAUGUCAAACCCUCCUCCCUUUGUUUCUACUCCCUCCUUUGUUUCUGUCCCCACUUUUCCUUGCCGCUUGGGUUCCUCGUUUGGUCUUGCAUCACCUUUCCUUUCCUUCCCUUCAUCCUCAACUCCCGUCUCCAACACAAAACAACAACAACUUUCCACCUUCAGCUUCCCUCUAUUCAUCGGCUCUUCUCACUAUCCCUCAUCUCAAUCAUCACUUCAAUCACAAGACAUACCUGGUAGGGCCCUGCGGCGUUCCAAGUCAAACAAUGCUUCCUUCCACCUUGCCUCUCGAUGCACUACCCAAGACCCAAGCAUCCUCAUCUUGCCUUCACCCAUCCCAUCAACACGCCCUUUCUUUUCCAACUUCAAGCGUCAAGCCACUAACAAACCGCCCUCUUCCUCCAGCUUUGCAUUGUCAACAAUGACCAACAAUUACGAGAACGCAGAGGCGCAGCAGGCGACCGCCGCCGAAAUGUGCCAAGCCGCUCAGGGCAUGCUCCGGCAGGUGCUUGAGCAGAACGAGCAGCUUUCCAAGCUUGCCGGCGCCGUCUGUCAAACCACCGAGGUGGUGGAGCUAGCCAACGCGCUGGUGACCGCUAUCCAACGUGCCGUCCAUCACCACCAGCACGCCGACGGUAUGGCCUUUGCCAUUGCCAAUGAGUGCGUGGCGGAGUUGAGGGAGCAGGUGCGCAAGGCCAUUCGCGCCGCCGUAGAGGCUGCUCCCGAGUUCGUUUUGGAGGAAGCCGAUGAAAAGGAAUCAUUGGAUCUCCUUGAGGCGAUCCUUGAGGACGUGUUUGCCGAGGACGCUUUGGUUCUCGUCCAGAAGACGGAGUAACGAGAUCCCGGAAUUUCUCGUCUUCUUUUUCUUUCCUGGCAUGGCGUUUUUGGAACCGGAAUUGGGGUUUUUCUCAGUCUUCUCACGCUCGGAGAAGUGUUUCGGCCGGUAGAUAGCAACAAGGACAUGGUUGCGUAACAUUUUCCACAAUCAGUGCAUGCAAAAUUCCAGUAGAAUCGUGAACAAGGCUUUGUGAGAUUCAAGUGAGGUU